AUGCCGCGCGGUUCUGUCCCUUCAUUAGUAAGUGUUUUUUUCCACAUUUUAUAGCCAAAACAACACAAUGGUCACUCGAAAAGAUUCGCUGGUUUUAGUCCAGUAAAUCUCUUGUUGUUUACAGAAUUUGACGGUGAUUCAUACCUAAUAUAAUAUAAAUUACUCCAAGUCAUGUGUUUGUUCGAUUCCAAAACAGAAAAUUGUGGUUUCUUUACUAAAACAUUCUUAUAUAUUUACUUUGGAAAAGCGUUUUAACCACAAGACAUUAAUGUUUCACAAUGCAAAUAAAAAAAUGAAAUUUAAGAACGUCCAGAAAAUGUGUCAUGGGAAUAUGUCGUUGGUGCGUCAAAAUACUAAAAAAUCUUAAAAGUAUCAUUUUAUUAGCCAUAAAAUAGCAAUCAAAAACGGUUUACUAGUUUUAGUAAAUUUGAACGUUACACACAAAGUGUCAUCAUGACAGCUUUUUUUCAACAUUAAUACAUGUACAAAUAACAAAAUAACUAAAAUUGUAUUUUUAUAAUGAUUAAAAUUUAUCAAAAAUGUUUUUCUUUGAACUUUUACUUAUUUAAAAAAUCAUAAACACUCAUCAUAUUGACAGCAUUUUUAGACACAACAGAAAAAUUAAUAUUUCAAAAAUAAAAUAUUUUUAAAACCUAAAACCAUGUAAAACACAUGAUUUUAAAGCCAAAAUAUAUUGAAAUUAUGUUUUUUAUAUUAUAAUAAACUUAUCUUUAUCUGAUUUUAACAUUUUAUUGAUUUCAGACACUGCCAACGGACCUAAAAAUGGCCGAUGGUUUGGAAGAUUUGGAAGCCGGAGAUUCCGAUCGGCGAAUUGAUGCGUGUGGCUUCAGAAGGCAGCAAGUAAGUUGAGAUUUAUAUUUAUCUUAUUCUUUAUUUAGUUUGACAUCUUCAAGAACAAGUUUCGGGAUGCUUUCGACGAGCACGGACAUGAGAAGUUGGCCAAUCUUGUGUUAGAUGGCAACUUGAAGAAGGAUGUCGUAAACACGAUGCGACGUCUUCAAAGAGCCAAGUUUACAUUGGAGAAGUAAGUUUUUAAUAUGGAUGAAAGGUUUUUAAUGUUUUUGAGAGUUUAGCUUAGGAAAGAAGGUUGUUUUUUUAUGAAUUAUGUUGUAGUACGCAUCAAAGAUAGGGAAAACUCGUAUUUUUGAUAUAGCUUUUUUCAAAAUGUGUUUAGAAGUUUUAAAGUUUGUGCAAUGUUAGAUUAUAAAAUUUUUUAGUUAAUAACGUAAAAAGCGGGUUUAAUUUAACCUUCUCAUUUUCAGUAUGAAUGAACAAGAUGCUGUGUCCGGCCUAGUGAAGAAAAUCUCAGAAUUGUACGAUGAAAUUGGUCGUGCAACAAAAGGAAGUGAUGAAUUUACGGUCAAUAACAUCAAACUCCCAGAUUACGAUGAUACAGCUUUCGAUUUGAUAUUUGGAAGUUCAAACAAGGACGAAGAGGUAUCAAUAUCGAACGUUCAGGAGUUGAACCACGCCUUUUCCGAGAAGAUCAACGAGGUUCUGGGAGCUGCACAACUACUGCUAAAUGAGUACGACGAGCUGAUGGAGUAUUUGAAAAGAGGUGGGGUUCCUUUGUCUCCAUUGCCUAAAGGAAAAUAGGGUUUUAAGACGUUGUGGAUGAGCAAAAUGCGUGUUUUUGGCAUAAAAAGUCAUUUUUUGUAAUUAUUGACAAUAGAAAUAAUAACAAAAUGUUGUUAGGUAUGAUAUUGUUGAAAAAGGUAAAUAGAUAAAUUAAACAAGGUAAUCAUAUUAGCAUAUUCUAUCAUCUUUUUGACCAAAAGACCUAAAACAUCAUUUUCAGUUAUCCAAUGUAAUUAA